AUGGCGGAUCCUUCUAUGGACUCGGACAAGAUCCGCAAUAAGAGACUCGCGAAAUUGCAACAAUCACAGCCGCAGCCGCAGCCGCAGUCGCAGGAUACUGUUGCCGCAGCCUCAACUCCUGCCCAAGAUGGCUCUGACUCGACGCCGUCGUCGCGACCAGAGACGCCCCAAGGAGACCCUUCUGCCCUUCCAACACCGACCGAUUCAGCAACCCCAUCUGGCACUGUCACAAAGGAACCAUCUCCCCCCCCAACGACCCGAAUACGAAUCUCUCCGGCAAAUGUCACUCCCCAGAAGCGGGAGAUGGACGGCUUGGAACGACCUAAUUCAAGACAAAGUUCACGGCCGAACGAGAGCAUCGAACAGUGGGAAGACCGGACCUUGAAGAGUAUCUUUCGUCUCAGUCUAGACCCUGAACAGACCAAGGAUAUCCACGGUCAGCAGCUCUACGUCCUUGCACAACUGAGAGAGGAGUUGGAGAGUGAAGGCAAACCGGUGCUGUUGAAUACCGAUUUGCUUGAGCAGGCCAUAAUGGAAGCAGGUGCAGAUCUGGGGAAAUCGACUCCGCAUGAUUGGCUAUUCGGCUGCUGGAAGAGAAUCACGAGAAUGAGCAAGGCUGUCAAAGAUCGGUCGCCCGAGAACAAGAAGUGGGCCAUCAUCUCAGAGGCUAGGAGACUCUGCAUGAGCUGGUGCAUAUUGUCCAUCACGACGCCUGACGUGUUCGGCGCCAACUACAACGGAGUCGCCGCACUCGCGGACCACCUUCUCGCCGAUCCAGACGAGGAUGGGGGUGUUUGUCAUGAUUUCCUCACGGAAGUCAUCACCAGAUUCGACGAGGAUGAAACCAUCAAGGAUGCAUUCGUCGGCGCCGUUGAGAAUCUGAGUGAGCGUCUUGCCAAGUUGACCAUGGAUUCCGACUACCGGCGGUAUACUGCUAUGCUGCGACACCUCAUUAGAUACAAGCCCGUGGCCAUUGCUAUCACACAGUCAAACAUUUUUGUGGACAAAUCAGUUCCCGCUGCGCAAUUAGAGGUUGGCACACUGCUUGGCCCCUUUUUCCAGUUAUCGCCGCUGCAAGCGGAAGUGACGAAGCAAUACUUCUCUGCGCCAAAGACGAUGGAUCCAGGAAGGAUCCGGAACUCUCAGCAAUCACUGCAAAUGUCGUUAAGGUCCCAUCAGACAGAACUAUUUGAUAUUGUCAAUACCCUGGUGCGCGCCUCCCCGGAAGCUCGAGAACGCGUGCUGGACUGGUUUGCUCUAGUGGUCAACUCGAAUCACAAACGCCGUGCCCUGCGUGUGGACAAAGCGACGGUGUCGAGCGAUGGCUUCAUGAUCAAUGUCACGGCGAUCUUAGACCAGCUGUGUGAACCUUUUAUGGAUGCACAAUUCUCGAAGAUUGACCGAGUCGAUAUUGGCUAUCUCCGAAGACAUCCCCGCGUUGAUAUCAAGGAGGAAACGAAGAUUAACGCGGAUCAAGAGCACUCGGAUGAGUUUUACAAGGACCAGCUCGAAGGCACCAACAACUUCAUCUCAGAAUGCUUUUUCCUCGCCGUGGCCUCCCAUUAUUAUGGGAGCGAAGCCGCACGAAAUAUGCUCAAGGACAUGGACCGAGAUCUGAAGCACAUGGCCAAGCAAAUCGAAGUUUUCGAGACAGAACGACACAAAUACGUCAACAACCCUGCCCAGCUGGCCCUGUUCGAGAAUGCACUCAAGAGGUACAAGGAUCAGCAUGACAAGGGCUUGUCCUACAAGUAUGCUGUGCAGGGCGUUCUCCUGGACGAAAUCGCACAGACUCGCUCCAUGCAGUUCAUGCGCUUUGUGACGGUCUGGAUCCUUCGCCAAGUCUCUCCACAUGGCCAAUUUCCUAAGCAGAAAUUGACUCUUCCUCUCCCACCCGACCAGCCAGAGACGUUCAAGAACCUCCCUGAGUAUUUCCUGGAUGUUAUCAGUGGUAAUUUUGGAUUCAUCAUGUACAACAUGCCCCAGGUCAUCUCCGCAACACAAUCAGACGAGCUGAUAAUGCUCUGCAUCACCUUUUUGCGUAACUCGGAAUACAUCAAAAAUCCAUAUUUGAAAGCGUCCUUGGUCACGAUCCUGUUUCGGGGAACUUGGUCCUGGCGCCAAGGCGGACGGGGAAUCCUCGCUGAUCAAUACAACAGCAUGCCGUUCGCGACAGAGCACCUAUUGCAUUCUUUGAUGAAAUUCUUCAUAGAGGCGGAGUUCAUGGGCGGACACGGCCAAUUCUUCGACAAGUUCAAUGUACGCUUCGAGAUUUUCCAGAUCAUCAAGUGUAUUUGGCCGAACACUGUGUACCGCGACAAUCUGUUGAGGGAGGCAAAAGUCAACAUGGAGUUCUUCGUGAGAUUUGUGAACCUUCUCUUGAAUGAUGUGACAUUCGUGCUAGAUGAAUCUUUUACGGCGUUUCAUACGAUUUACGACAUCUCAAAAGAACUCUCGCUGGCUGGCACGUCGCUGGAUCAGCAGCAACGACAAGAAAAGGAGGAAGCACUGGAAGCGGCAAAGAGCAAGGCCAAGUCAUACAUGCAACUAACGAACGAGACGGUAGCGAUGCUGAAGCUUUUCACGGAAGCUCUCGCCGACGCAUUCACCAUGCCCGAAAUCGUCCAGCGGUUGGCGGAUAUGUUGGACUACAACCUCGAUGCGAUGGUCGGGCCGAAAUCCACGACCCUCAAAGUGGAAAACUUGCAGGAAUACAAUUUCAACCCGAAGGCUCUUCUGAGCGAGAUUAUCGAUGUCUACCUCAAUUUGAGCGAACGGGAAAAUUUCAUCCUCGCCGUCGCGCGCGAUGGUCGAUCCUACAAGCCCGAGAACUUCAUCAACGCAGGCAAUAUCAUGCGCAAAUUUGUCCUCAAGGCGCCCGAAGAACUUAAUAGGUGGCAGCGUCUUAUAGAGAAAUUUGCCAAGGCUAAGGAAGAGGAUGAAGCUGCGGACGCGGACUUGGGAGAGAUCCCCGACGAGUACUUGGAUCCGCUGAUGUUCACCCUCAUGGAAGAUCCUGUGAGGCUGCCUGUAUCGAAGAUUGUCAUUGACAGGAGCACGAUACGGAGCCACUUGUUGAGUGAUCCUCACGACCCAUUCAACCGAGUGCCACUGAAAAUCGAGGACGUCAUACCUGCAACCGAUGUCAAGGAGCAGAUCCAGAAAUUCAAGGAGGAACGGAUUGGAAGCCGGCGCAAGGACUUUGUGGAAACGGUCAAGACAGAAGCCGGCGGCACUGCCGACGGUGAAGCGAUGGACCUAAGUUAG